UGGACCACCUGGGCGAGACAAUCCUCACGGACACGCCGCCCCCCCUGCUCAAAGUGCGGCUGCCUUUCUCCCACCGAUUGAACUGCUUCCUUCGCCUCUGGAUCCUCAAAUCUCUCGCCAGUGUCUACUUCCUCUAUCUUCGGGUGUUCCGCCCCCCACCGUCUUGGACCAAACCCACCCUGGUGAAGCGGUACAGAUGUCGACCGAUGUUGACGACCCGCAUCUUCUUCCCGCCCGGCCAUCAACCCGGGAACCUCUUGCCCCUGUAUAUCAACAUCCACGGCGGGGGGUUCGCGGUCUGCGACGCCGGGGUCGAUGACCGCUUCUGCGUCGCCUGGGCGAAACGCACGGGCAUGCUGGUCGUGAGUCUGGAUUAUCGCAAGGUGCCCCGGUAUCCCUUCCCCAGGGGGACGGAGGAUAUCGCGGCGCAGGUGGCGGAGGUCCUGCAGGACGAGUCUUUGCCGAUCGAUCGGGCCAAGGUGGUCAUCGGGGGCUUCAGUGCGGGUGGCCAUCUGGCGCUGUCGGCGGCGCAGGUGGCGCCAUUGAAGGGUCUCGUCCAGGCUGCGAUCGUGUAUUACCCCAUUGUCGAUUUCAGCCACCCGCCCAACGAGAAGAUGGAGUCGCGGCCGUACGCAGACGGGCCGAAGGACAACCUGGGCGAGGCCGGGUGGUAUCUGGACUGGGGCUAUGUCUGCGUGGGACAGAACCGCCGCGAUCCGGUGCUGAGUCCGUGCUAUGCACAGCCGGAGGAUCUGCCCCCGAAAAUCUACAUGGUCUCGGCGCAGUGGGAUAUGCUUCGCUUGGAAGCCCAGCAGAUGAUCCAUCGCCUGGCCGGACUGGACGAGAAGGAGGAUCAGGAGGCGCCGUUCGAAAAGGGACCCUAUAAGUGGACCUUGGCGAUGGGAUGCGCGCACGGGUUCACCCAUGGCUAUGGCAAGGAUCCGGUGGAGAAGGCGAAGAAGAAGCAACAGUGCGAGCAGAUCUACCACGAGGCCCAUGAAUGGUUGAAGAAGGAUGUGCUGGUAUGAUCGAUGUGCAUACGAGGCAGAGACAGAAUGGACACGAUAGAUAUAAAAGAUAGAUAGAGAACAAUCUCCCAUUUUCUGCAAGUGGGAUUCACGAUCGGGUAGGCCGAUACUAGUCACACAGAGGACCCUGUAUGACACUCACCCCAUUCGAUGAAGACUUACCCCUGGGCCAGGAACCACUGCAGCAGGCGAUCGUCGUGGUUCUCCGGACGAGCAGGGUCCCAGCCAUGCUGAAGGCUAUACAACCAAUACUAAUGGUUGGUCACCUCAGGCAGAGACUCUGCCUGAGGCAGUGCAGCGAGAGGUCACGCGGGACAGAAACCAAACACACAGUGC